UUCAGGUUCGAGCUGUGUGAGGUAGCAUUUUUUGCAUUUGGUGAGCCGUUGAUAGCUUGUUCAGUAUGAUGCAUUCCGUUAUUCUACCUUUCAGACACAUGCAUUGACGUGAAAGACGAGCUUGGGAGCUUGAGUGAGCGUGGAGAACAGCGGCCCUCUGCAAUAUCGGAGUACACCGAGGUGAAUUCUUGGGGUUAGGAGUGAGGGAGAAGGAGUUGAUAUUGAAGACGGCUAAGCCUGCAUUAUUCUUCAAAGCCCGAGAUCGAUAUAAUCUGGAGCUUCGCUUCCACACAGUCCACCUCUCAUGCACCCCUCCCCACAAAUACGCCUCUACAAUCUAUCCCGCUUAGCUUGGCAUCAACAUGUCGGCCUCCACCGCCAUCACCUACACAAAAAACUACUAUCAUGUCCUCUCCCUCCCGUCGCCAACGUGGCGCUCCUCUACCACCACCCCGUCAUCCGUCCAAAUCCGCGUCGCGUAUAAACGCGCGCUUUUCCUCGCACAUCCAGACAAUAGUCGCUUGAAGAAACAACAGCGGCAGCGCCAGAAUGGAGACAGGGGAGGUAGAGAAGUAGAUAUAUGCACGGUCGAUGAUGUGAAAGAAGCGUAUGCUGUUCUAGGAGAUGGGCGAGAGAAAGAGAGGUAUGAUAAGUGGUUAGCGGAGAGGUAUGAAGAUGGUGUGAGGAGGUAUGGGGAUGGGGAGAAGGGGUUGGAGGAGGUGUUUGGGCGAACGAGUGUGGGCGUGAUUGCGGGAAUGGCAGGUGGGUGUGAGACGAGGGAGGAUUUUGUGUUGGGAUUGGAGGUUUUAGAUUUGGCGGAUUUUGAGGCUGGGGAGGGGGAUGCUGUGGCUUCAACAUCAACGUCUACGCAGACCUCCACUCCAUCUACAUCCGAAUCUGGAAUCUCAGCCCUAAACCCGUCGAAUACUUCUGAAACCGAAACCCUUGCAACUACACAGUAUACGCGCUCUUGCCGCUGUGGUGCAGAGCCCGGAUUUCGCUUUUCAGAGAUCGAGCUCGAAGAUGCACUAUCGCAAGGCGAGAAGGAGAUCCUCGUCGGUUGUGAGGGAUGUAGUCUUUGGGUGCGGGUGGGGUUUGAUGUUGUGGAAGAGGCGGAGGAGGAGCGGGGUUGAGAUAGUGCCUUCGGAUAUAGGUUCAAAUACUUGAAAUUAGAUCGGAUUGGGGGGAAUGGGAUGGGCAAGGAUAUACGCACUAGGUCGAGGCACG